UUAUGAGAAAAAAAUGUUGUAUACAUUUUUUCUUUUUUAGGUGGAACCCUGAAAAAUGUUGAAUAGCCUUAGCUCAUGUUUUGUUGGGGCAAAAUGUUUAAUUUCGGUAGCUCUAGUUUAUAUGGCCCUAGGAAUAACUUGGUCAGAAAGUUGGUUAUGGAAUUCUCUAUCAAGUCAGGGUCUCCUGGAACCAUGUUAGGAUCAUUAGGGAUCAAGUAAUUAUGUUGUGUGUAUCUGUCACUCAAUUACUGCUCUACAGAUAUAUCAUAUGGUACCAGCCGACAUGUCUCAUGCCACCAAAAUGCUAUUACCGUGUUGGUACCUGCAGUUUCCGGAGAAAUUCCGGAUUCUGGACAAAGAGCGCUAAGAGCUUUGCUAAAAAAUUGCUGAAUCGAUUUGUAAAUGGAACUUAGAGUAGAAUUCCUUUUCACUGGGCAAUAAGCAUGAAUAAGUAGCAAGCUCACAUGAAUAACUGAAUAAAGAAAGAAACAGAUAGAACUAUGACGUGUGGGUUAUUUAGUUAUGAAAUACCAUUUCAGACAUUUUCGGCAAGUAAAUAUGGAUGGUGAAUGAGGUCUUAGGGUUUUUUUUUCCGGUCAUGUAGGUCGUAUCAUACUCUUGUAGGCCUCUCUCUGUGACAUGGUGAUAUCCCCUGUUUCUUUACUACUUUUACUUUAGGAUUAUCUCAGCACUUUUUAACUUUUGGACUUGUUCAAUCACAUAUAUUUUUCAUUUGUGCUCUAUAAUACAUUAUACUGAAAGUCCUAUUCCUCUAUGACCAAAUAUUUAGUUCAGAGGGGUAAAUGAUCUUCAGACGACCAAAAUGAUAUUGAAGCAAUAAACGAUCCACUAGACUUGCUAGUAUGGACAUUUAUAACUGUGGGUAAUUCGGAGUAUUCCAGUGACUGACCUUUGAUUUGUUCUUUUUAUGCAAUUCUACUGGUGAUGACUAAGUUUUAUUGGAUUUUAUUCUUGGUGUUUGAAAUUUGAGUAGGGUUGCAUUCUGUUGAAUUGUGAAGAUAUUGAAAUUACAAUGAAUCAGCGUACCACAAUCGAUUUAGACCAGGGAUGGCAAUUCAUGCAAAGGGGCAUUACAAAGCUGAAGAACAUUCUAGAAGGGCUGCCAGAGCCACAGUUUAGCUCAGAGGACUAUAUGAUGCUGUACACGACAAUUUACAAUAUGUGUACUCAGAAGCCUCCACAUGAUUACUCUCAACAGCUAUAUGACAAAUAUCGUGAAUCUUUUGAAGAAUAUAUCACAGCAACGGUAUUGCCUUCUCUGAGAGAAAAACAUGACGAGUUCAUGUUGCGAGAGCUAGUAAAAAGGUGGUCGAACCAUAAGGUUAUGGUCAGAUGGUUAUCACGUUUCUUCCAUUAUCUUGACCGCUAUUUCAUUGCCCGGAGAUCUCUGCCAGGGCUUAAUGAAGUUGGACUAACUUGCUUCCGCGAUCUGGUCUACCAAGAGUUGAAUGGCAAAGUCAGGGAUGCUGUCAUAUCUCUGAUUGAUCAAGAGCGUGAGGGAGAGCAAAUUGAUAGAGCUCUACUGAAGAAUGUGCUAGACAUAUUUGUUGAAAUUGGAAUGGGCCAAAUGGAUUAUUAUGAAAACGAUUUUGAAGCUGCAAUGCUCAAGGACACGGCGGCUUAUUAUUCACGCAAAGCUUCUAACUGGAUCCUUGAAGAUUCAUGUCCAGAUUAUAUGCUGAAAGCCGAGGAGUGCCUGAAACGGGAGAAGGAUAGGGUCUCUCAUUAUCUCCAUUCAAGUAGUGAGACAAAGUUGCUAGAGAAAGUACAACAUGAGUUGUUGUCUGUGUAUGCCACUCAACUUCUUGAGAAGGAGCACUCUGGAUGCCAUGCAUUACUAAGAGAUGAUAAGGUCGAAGAUUUAUCAAGGAUGUAUAGGCUCUUUUCUAAGAUUCCUCGAGGCUUAGACCCUGUGGCUAGUAUAUUUAAGCAGCAUGUUACUGCUGAAGGUACAGCUUUGGUAAAACAGGCUGAAGAUGCUGCUAGCAACAAAAAGGCAGAGAAGAGAGAUGUGGUUGGUUUGCAGGAACAGUUUCAGGUUUUUGUUCGGAAAGUGAUUGAGCUUCAUGAUAAAUAUUUGGCAUAUGUGAAUAACUGUUUCCAAAAUCACACACUUUUUCACAAGGCACUUAAAGAAGCUUUUGAAGUCUUCUGCAACAAGGGUGUUGCUGGUAGCUCAAGUGCUGAACUUCUUGCCACAUUCUGCGACAACAUUCUCAAAAAAGGUGGGAGUGAGAAAUUGAGUGAUGAAGCCAUUGAAGAGACUCUGGAGAAGGUUGUAAAGCUGCUAGCAUAUAUUAGUGAUAAGGACUUGUUUGCAGAAUUCUAUAGGAAAAAGCUAGCCCGGCGGUUGUUAUUUGAUAAGAGUGCCAAUGAUGAACAUGAGAGAAGUAUCCUGACAAAGUUGAAGCAGCAGUGUGGGGGCCAGUUCACAUCAAAGAUGGAAGGAAUGGUCACUGAUUUGACAUUGGCAAGAGAAAAUCAAGCUAGCUUUGAGGAGUAUUUGAGCAACAAUCCAGCAGCCAAUCCUGGAAUUGACUUGACGGUGACUGUCUUGACUACUGGCUUCUGGCCCAGCUACAAGUCUUUUGAUCUCAACCUCCCAGCAGAGAUG